AUGCAUUCCCCCUUAUACUCCGCUCCUCUCCUUUCUUUCAAAUUUUCUCUUUUUUCUAACCUUCUUAGCCUUUGCUUUAGCGGAAUUUCCGAUUGCGAUGAGUCUUAUAAUUACUGGGAGCCCUUACACUAUCUUAUUACUUCCGGAGUCGGUGGAGGCUUUCAGACAUGGGAAUACUCCCCAAACAUUCGUUUGCGUAUGUUUAUUAUUCUCAGCAUUUCUCGUUUGCUUGCACUCAUUUUCGGCUACUCGGCGCCAGUCUUUCUAAUAAGACAUUUACCUGAUCCACCUCCAAAUGGGUUUUUUCUUUGUCUUGCUAGAGAUUGGCAUUUAUUUCCUGGUCGAAUCUUGCUUCCUGGCAAUAUUGAUCGCUGGAAGGUAGGCUUAUUGCCUUCUGAUUUUCAGGGACAACUUCCAAGCCAAUAUCCAGUAACUUCUAUUCCAAGCCAAAUCAAUGUCGCAUCUUCAACGAGACAGGAUGGUGGAAAAUUUAAUUUGAUGAACAAAGAAGAGCUUGAUAGAUAUAUUCCUAUUGAUAAGUGCAAUUAUAUUUUGGAUAGAGAUACAUCGCCGGGGAGGCGUGAAUAUGAUUAUUUUCGUGAUAGUAAAAAUUGGAGAUCAAUGCAACUCGAUAUUAACUAA